UCUGAUUGCUGCUGGUUCUCUUUGUUCAGGCGCCAGUCGUCGACAGCCUGGGCGAGGAGUUGCUUGGGCCGGGCAAAUAAUCCUCCAGGAGAACUUGGGAGAGGAGAUGCCUGGGCCGGAGGAGAUUGUUCUCCAAGAGCACCUGGAUGAGGAGAUCGUCCUGGCUGGAGCACCUGGACGAGGAGAUCGUCCUGGGUCGGAGCACCUGGGGGAGGAGAUCGGCCUCCACGAGCUCCUGGCCGAGGAGCUGCUGCGGCCGGAGGAGCUGCCGGGGCCGGAGCUAGAGCGCCUGGACGAGGAGAUCGUUCUCCAGGAACACCUGAGGGAGGAGAUCGGUGUCCACGAACAUCUGGGCGAGGAGUUUCCUGGGCCGAAGGUGGAGCUGCUGGUGCCGGAGCCCGGAGGUGCGGAUGGCGGAGGGCGGAUGCGGAUGACGGAGGGCGAUCGAGGAGGGAGAUGGCGGAGGGCGAUCGAGGAGGGAGAUGAGAUCUGGGAAGGGUACCGAUUCAAAAUGUGGAGGGGUAGCGUUGUCUUUUUUACGUUUUUCACCUGGUCGGAACCAAUCGGUAAACGUCUUGCAUUUCCGCACGGAGGGAGUACAACUUACGAUCAUGCCUCCGCCCAACAUCCACGCCCCCACCUGACCUCCCACUCGACAGCCACCACCGAGGCCCGCUCGCCGCUCAGCCCAGCUUGGCCCAGGCCUGCCGCCCCACCACGCCUAGCGCCCACGCUACCACGCGCGCCACCCAGCACCACCGCCAGCUCGCCCAGCGUCACGCUCGUACGCGCCGCACCACCACGCCAGGCCUCCACCCGCUCGUUGUUCCCGGCCCAAGGCCCGUGCUGCUAG